UAUGUGAAGAUUCCAGUUGAAUGGUGUUGCCUCCAAUGAAGUGAAACUCAUAGAAAUCACAAUUCAAAGUUUGCAUCAUUGUAGCCGUUUUUCAUUGAUCAGCAGAGGUAGAAAUCUUCUCCACACCAACAGUUUUUUGGAGAUUUUGAAAUCAUUUUGCGUGGAAGUUUUGGCCACUUUGGUGCUUCAAAGGUUUCAAACAUUUGUUUAUCAUAUGGCCCCCACUGUUACUUUUUGUGUGUGGCUACAAGCAACUGGGUAGAUUUAUAUUCACUAUUUGAGGCUCUGAGGAGUUCUCUGGUCUUUGCUCCUUGGCUCCUUCACUAUCUGAGAGCAUUUUGUGCACUACUGGGUUGAAAAUGUAUAUGCUGGAGAGCAAAGGAGGUGCCAUAGCAUGCAUGUUCUUGUCUCUUUUCUUCUUGGGGACAUGGCCUGCUCUUUUGACUAUGUUAGAAAGGCGUGGUCGUCUUCCUCAGCAUACCUACCUUGAUUACUCAAUCACCAAUUUCUUGGCUGCUUUACUCAUUGCUUUUACACUUGGUGGGAUAGGCAAGGGCACACAUGAUCAGCCAAAUUUCUUAGUUCAACUUGCUCAGGAUAACUGGCCCUCCGUUCUUUUCGCAAUGGGGGGUGGUUUGUUCCUUAGCCUUGGGAAUCUGUCCUGCCAAUAUGCAUUUGCUUUUGUUGGGCUAUCGGUUACUGAAGUGAUCACGGCAAGCAUAACUGUUGUCAUAGGCACAACCUUGAAUUACUUUUUGGAUGACAAAAUCAACAAAGCUGAGAUCCUUUUCCCAGGAGUUGGUUGCUUUCUGAUUGCAGUUUUUCUAGGUUCUGCUGUUCAUUCAUCUAAUGCUGCUGAUAAUAAAGCAAAGCUCAGCAAUUUCACCGGUGAUUAUAAAAAUGGAGACACCAGCUCUUUGAAGGAUGGAGAUAUAGUUAAAUCAAAAGACCUCGAGGGUGGAAGUAGUUCUGCAGACAAUGUUGAAGCAGGAACUGCAGUUUUCCUCAUGGAGCUUGAGGAAAAAAGAGCUAUUAAGGUUUUUGGAAAGAGCACUUUGAUUGGAUUGUUUCUAACUUUCUUUGCUGGACUUUGCUUCUCUAUGUUCUCACCAGCAUUCAACAUAGCAACAAAUGACCAAUGGAAUACGUUGAGAAAAGGGGUUCCCCAUUUGACAGUUUAUACUGCCUUCUUCUAUUUUUCAGUCUCUUGUUUUGUUAUUGCCAUGAUUCUAAACAUCACCUUCCUCUACCACCCUGUCCUAAACCUACCCAAGUCAUCAUUUAAGGCUUAUUUGGCGGACUCAGAUGGCAGAGUCUGGGCCAUGUUGGCUGGUUUGCUUUGUGGGUUUGGGAAUGGUCUCCAAUUUAUGGGUGGUCAAGCUGCAGGAUAUGCAGCAGCAGAUGCAGUCCAGGCACUUCCACUUGUAAGCACUUUUUGGGGCGUGGUUCUGUUUGGGGAGUACAGAAAAUCAUCAAGAAGAACAUAUAUACUGCUAGGGAGUAUGUUGUUUAUGUUUAUUGUGGCUGUUGCUGUGCUAAUGGCAUCAUCAGGGCAAAGAACCAGCACUGCCAAGGAAUAAUUGGACAACACACUACAAGUUGUUUAUAGAUUUCCUAGUGCAAAGGGAGAAAAAUUCUCAUUGUUCAUUGGCGUGAAUAAGAGAAGAAAAAAAAAAGCUAUUAAGAAAAGGGUGUUGAAGAAGAAAUAAAAGCAGGGAGCAUAGUUGAUAUAUUGUUAUUGAAAUGCUUUUAUGUUUUUGAUUUUUGUAUAUAUUUGGACUUUCAAAAUGAAAAUUUGUACCAUAAUAUAUAUAUAUAUAUAUAUAUAUAUAUAUAGACAUAUAUAUAUCCAAUGUUUUUACUGGCUUUA